CGUACGGCCCGUGACUCGCGAGUCGUACCACCUGAUCUAGACCCCGACCUCGAGGCGCGACUCGCGUCGUCUGACGAUGGCAUGAACAUCAUUGAAGACCUGCUUUCUCUGCUCUCGUGGACCAUCGCUUUCAAUCGGAUGACAGCCACUUAACUUGCAUCACGCGGCUGAGGCAACGUUAGGUUAGGUUAGAAGGCGGACGCUUCUUUCUGCGCUAUAAUCAACACAGCUCGCGUCUACGGAUAACGCAACCUCGCCCAUCCCUGGGCACAGACGCGACACGACCACCUGCAUCACAGAUGAUGACCGCGACCACUCCCUCGCAAUCGUCAAGCACGUUCCUUGCGCAGCAACAAGACGACGUCAAUCACGCUUCGGCGCCCGAUCAUGUCACGAACCACCGCAGAAUCGACGAACGCGCACCCCUCCUCCUACCCAAUGAGCAAACGGAUGGAAGUUGGAAUGUGGGAGAUGGGACUGGAGAUGACGACGAAUCUCAAAGAACAAAGAGUGUCUGGUACCUGAUACUUCUGACCAUCAGCAUCGGCGGGUUGCAGAUCGCAUGGUCUGUGGAGUUAUCCAAUGGCUCGCCGUUCUUGCUUUCCUUGGGCCUGAGCAAGUCAUUGAUGGCGCUGGUGUGGAUCGCCGGCCCGUUGACCGGCACGUUGGUGCAGCCCUAUGUCGGUAUGCUCAGCGACAGCUGCCGUCUGCCCAUUGGGAAGCGCAAGCCGUUCAUGCUCGGGGGCUCUGCGGUCACUGUCGCCUCGUUGCUGCUGCUGGCAUGGACCAAAGAGAUUGUGACAGAGAUUGCCGGGGUAUUCGGUGCCGAUAUUGAGUCGAGCGGCGUCAGGGUCAUGACCAUUGUGGUCGCAGUGAUAUGGGUGUAUGUGCUGGACUUUGCGAUCAAUACCGUACAGGCCGCCAUUCGCGCCUUCAUCGUCGACUGCGCACCGGCUCAUCAGCAGGAGGCCGCGAAUGCAAUGGCAAGUCGCAUCACGGGGUUCGGCAACAUCCUUGGGUACAUUGCGGGCUACCUCGACUUGCCUGCCUAUUUGUGGAUCUUUGGCGAUACUCAGUUCAAGAUCCUCUGCACAUUGGCGUCCAUUGCUCUGGCGUCGACAGUCAUACUCAGCACGAUGGUCAUCAAGGAAAGGGACCCUCGUCAAGAGGGACCGCCACCCGCCAACCACCGCGGGGUCCUGGCCUUCUUCGUUACACUCGUGAAAUCUGUGAGACGCCUGCCGCCGCAGAUCAAGAGGGUCUGCCAGGUGCAGUUCUUCGCCUGGAUAGGCUUCUUCCCGCUCUUGUUCUACACGUCGUCCUACAUUGGCGAGAUAUACGUGGAGCCGUACCUGCGAGAGAAUCCCCACAUGCCGCCGGAGGAGUUGGACAGGCUCUAUGAGCGAGCGACCAGAAUUGGCACAUACGCAUUGCUCAUGAACUCGGUUGUGAGUCUGCUGACCAACGUCUUGUUACCCUUCUUCAUCGCACCUACGUACGACAGCGUGCCUCUGCUUGCACAGGUACCAGGGGAGACGGACGCGGCAUCAACGCUGCUCGAUGACGACAAGCCCUCGAUGCUGGAUCGUCUUAGAAUCCCAGGUUUCACGCUGAAGCGAGCCUGGUUUGGGUCUCUGGUACUGUACGCAGCCGCCAUGCUCUGCACAGUGCUCGUGCGGUCUGUCGAGGCCGCGACUGCCCUCAUUGGCCUCGUCGGCAUCACCUGGGCAAUGACCCUCUGGGCGCCGUGGGCCAUUAUCAGUGCCGAGAUCAGCCGGCGCGACGCUCUGAUCCGCGCUCAGAAGAACCGGUCCAGCAACGGGGCCUCCGAAGCCUCCAGUGACGCAUCGGCAGAGGACGAGGAGAUGGACCAGGCCGGCGUGAUUCUAGGCAUUCACAACAUGGCCAUUGCGGCGCCGCAGAUGAUUGCCACAGUGGGUUCCAGCAUCAUUUUCAAAAUCUGGCAGAAGCCUCGCGGCACGCCGGGGGAUCACAGUCUUGCCAUUGUGCUAGCAUUGGGUGGCGUCUGCGUCUUGGUUGCGUCCUUUUUCGUUGCGCAAAUCAAGGACGACCCAUCGAUGCCGGCGGACGCCAUGAUCGAUGUUGAACAAGGCGACGGCCGGGACGGUGCAGCGACCCGUGAGCGACCUUCAGCUGCACUUGACCGCAGGCCGAGCCAUGAGCGGUGGAACCGAGCCACGCAAGGGCGAGCCACACUCACUCGGAACAGGAGCUUUGGGGGGGCAGAGAUGCAUUGAAUCUAAAUGUACGAAGCGUGUUACACAGUGGCAACUUUGAACAGCCCCUCUUGCUUACACAGGCCCAGCCCAUCUGCCUAUUCCUCAAGACGCACGAAAUCCGACCGACGUACCCUCCCGUCACGAGCUCUGCAAGACCAAGACUGGUCUCCGUGAGCCUGUGGCUCUCUCCGUGCAACCGCGUCAUCAGUGCUGCGUCGAGGGCACCGUUGGCUCUGGGAGAGUUGGGGACUCGGAUACAGGCUCGUCAGAUGGCACGGGAUCUAUCUCAUAUGACGUUUGACCACACAGUCCAAUCUG